AAACCAUAGAGAUGACGAAUAUGUUUACACACGUCAUCACUAGCUAGUUAGCAAGGGAUGUUUUACGUUGCAUGUGUUAGCUAUAUAUCGUGCUAGAACUAGAAAGUAUUGGAAUUAGAAGAACGUUUGCAUAUUGUUUUAAAAGCUAGCUAUCUACCUUUUCUCAUUGUUGAGUAGCUUGCAUUUAGCAGCUUGGUACUGCUAAUUAGCUAACGUUAGCCCGCUAGCUGCUAGCUAAUCUGGACAAGCUAUCAACACAAGAGAAGGGGAGAUGUUUAAAGCAAAAAUACUUUUAAUUGGACCAAGUGAGUCUGGAAAAACUGUUCUAGCCAACUUUCUCUCUGACACAGUGGAGACAGUAGGAGGGGAGUACUGUCCUACUCAAGGUGUCAGGAUACUGGAGUUCGAAUCUCAGAAUGAGGGAAGUGGGGACAAAUCCUGGACAUGUGAGGUGGAACUUUGGGACUGUGCUGGUGAUUUCAAGUUUGAGUCAUGCUGGCCAGCGUUGAUGAAAGACUCCAACGGUGUGGUGAUAGUGUUCAACCCAGACAUGCCACGCCACCUAACGGAAGUAGAGACAUGGUACUCCAUGUUCAUCUCCUCACAGGGGCUGCAGGACAGCCAGUGUCUGCUGAUGGCCCACCACAAGCCUGGCAGUGGAGUAGAUAACGGACGACCCAACCUAGCUUCGCAUUUGAACAGGUUACCAUUGAGCCACUCUAACCUGGAGGAAGAUCCUGAGGGUGUGCGCCAGGGGUUCCGCAGGUACUUGGAGAACAUUGUGCAAACACUGUCAGAGAGCCGGGAGCGAGAGGAGAUGUCUAUCAUUACUUAAUAUCGUCCCAAACCCAAGCUUCAUCUAUCGAAGGUUGGAUUUAGACUCCACUUGACACUUUCUGUAGUCAAAGGCUCUGCAAACGCUUUGUGACUUCUCCACGCACAGGAAUGUCUAACUUUAACCAAUCAGCAUUUGUGCUUUUACUAAACAUAAUUCUACCCCCUUUCCAGAGUUGAGGUGGCAAAAGUAACCAGAAAUUAAAUCUUUGUCAACCUUCAA